CACGCACUAUUGCCACCCUUAUUGAAGACACAGGCGUAAACCAAACCUCGGCCUUCAUAUGAGGGAAAAAGAAAUAAAGAGAACAUUCAAACAAGAAAGAGAGACCAACAGCAACAAUCAUGAGCCCGUUCUUUAGGGGCAGCGUGAGGCCCACGAAGAAACACCCAAGGCCAUGGAGCCUAAAUCCGAAGCUGAACCCGGACCUCGGCACCGACGGAGGCGUCGGCGCGCAUGUGUCGCUAUUGGGCCUUCCUUCACAGCAGACCACCGUUACAUUGCCCGUCUUCAACGGCGUCUAUUCCAAGCCGGACGAGGAGCUGCUGGCCAUUCCUCCUGCUCACCACGAGGAGAACGAAGCAAAAGUAAAUGAAGAGGUGCCUGCGAAGGUGGUGGUUGAUGAUGCUGCCGGGGGGUUGCCCAAGACUGAAAAGGUCGCUGCUGAGACCAGUGCUCCCCUGGCUGAGACCGUGGGCGUCACAGGCGAACCCCCCAGCAGGGAAGAUGUGGGCGUGACGAAUGAAGUAGAGCCUGCCAGUGCCAGUGUCGUCGCGGAAGACGCACAAGAGCCCACACCUGAGCCAGCAGAAGAGGCUCACAUUGGCGAGACUAGUCUCAGGGACACGCCAGCGCCUGAAGCUCAGGAGACUUUAGCAGCACAACCCUCAGUGUCGAGUUAUCCGGCCCUCACAUCAGAUUCGGCAGUGGUCGACGAUCCCGCCCACCAUGACAGCCAGGAGACAGUACAGAAUGAACCCCCCAAGCAGGUUGGGACUGGCUUUGGCGAGCAGGUCGAGGAGGAGAGGACUGAGCCGGCUGGACAUGAGUCCCAGCCGGUUCCCGUGCAGGCAGAGGAGGAAAGCUCGGAGCCAGCUGAGCAGGCCGUCGUCUCGGCGCCCCCACCCAGUGAAGCUGUAGCAGAAGGGGUCCUCCCACCGGUGAGGGAGUCGCCAGUGGAGCCGCUUGCGACCAUCAGCGAGGAACCUCCAGCAGGUGCCCAGCAGACACUACCGACUGAGCCCCCGCCAGUUCCAGUGGAGGACCCAUCCCUGCCGACCAUCAGCGAAGAACACCAAGAGACAGGAGAUGAGGUGGUCGAUAGCCACGAGGAGUCGGCGCAGAGCCAAGAAGCCGACCACGACUCCUCCCAUGCAUUCUCGACAGGUGGGAUUGAGGGGGAAGGAGCAAAGGAACCCGCCGAGGAGGAGGAGGAGGAGGAGGAGGAGGACGAGACUGAGGCUCUUUUGACUGAAGAGCACAGCGCUGCAGCCGAAGCCCCGAUUGUCCCUCGUCGUCUCGACGACAGCGAGGAUACCGCCACUCCGGCAGCAGUCAGUGGAGAGGGCGACCAAGCCACAUCUACUGAACACCACCGAGUUGUAAGCCAUGGCCCGCAUGCGAGCACCGCGUCUACCUCGGUAGAGGGCUCUGUUGCGAACGAACCCCUGAUAACAGAUGAGCAGCUGGAAGUCAGUGACGAGUUCAAACCUGGCGUGGCGACUUACACCACGGAGCCUUCUCAAUGAAAAUAAAGAAGGAGGAGGACGAAAAUGAGAUGAUAUGAUCUCAUGAAGUGGGGGAGAAGAUAUGAGAAGGAUGAGAUGAACAUGAUGAGUGCAAGGAGUGAGGUAGUACUUUUUGAAUACCCCCACCCCUUUUUCCUCCGGCCUUUUUUUCAGUUCCUUCGCUCUUCUGAUUCCGGACAUGAAGGGGGACAACAGUUGAUUUUCAAGAUAUAAGAUACAGCGGCAAUACCCCAAAAAGAACCUUGAAUUAC